GUCAACAACCUACAUAUUAGUUGCACUCACUUCGUAUCUGAGAUCGAACGAAAAAAUAUUAGAACCAAAAGUUUUGGAAGUUUUUUUUUAUUAUAGUUUCAACAUUAAGUGCAACAUGUUUCAGUCGUGUGUGCCCAAGGCGAUUACCUCUAGUCGCUGUUUCGCGCGGAUGUACUCGAAGGACGUGCGCUUUGGCACUGGAGUGCGGGCACUGAUGAUCCGCGGCGUUGAUGUUCUGGCGGAUGCCGUUGCUGUGACCAUGGGGCCCAAGGGUCGCAGUGUGAUCGUGGAGCGACCCUGGACCUCGCCGAAGAUCACCAAGGACGGCUUCACUGUCGCGCGCUCGAUUGCCCUGAAGGACCAGCACAUGAAUCUGGGCGCCAAGUUGGUCCAGGAUGUGGCCGAUAAUACGAACGAGUCGGCGGGUGACGGCACCACCACAGCAACUGUUUUGGCUCGAGCGAUUGCCAAGGAAGGAUUCAAUCAGAUCACCAUGGGGGCUAAUCCCGUGGAGAUUCGCCGGGGUGUCAUGUUAGCUGUUGACGUCAUUAAGGACAAGCUGAAGGAAAUGUCCAAGGCCGUGGAAACGCGUGAGGAGAUCCAACAAGUAGCCACCCUCUCCGCGAACGGAGAUUCUGAAAUUGGGCGACUCAUUGGUGAGGCCACCGAUAAAGUGGGUUCAAGAGGAACUAUUACUGUAAAGGAUGGCAAGCGCCUGAAGGACGAGCUAAAUAUUAUCCAGGGCCUGCGCUUCGACAACGGCUAUGUUUCGCCCUUCUUCGUAAACAGCGCCAAGGGGUCCAAGGUGGAAUUUGCCAACGCCUUUGUAAUGAUAUCCCUGAAGAAGAUCACUGGACUCUCGCAAAUAGUUAAAGGUCUGGAGCAGUCCAUGAGGCAGCGUCGUCCCCUAAUCAUCAUAGCCGAGGACAUCAGCGGUGAAGCCCUAAAUGCUUUGGUCCUGAACAAGCUCAGGUUGGGCCUCCAGGUGUGCGCCGUCAAGUCGCCCAGCUAUGGACACCACCGCAAGGAACUUAUAGGCGAUAUAUCCGCUGCCACGGGAGCAACUAUUUUCGGUGAUGACAUCAACUACUCCAAAAUUGAGGAGGCUAAGCUGGGGGAUCUGGGUCAGGUUGGCGAGGCUGUGAUUAGCAAGGACAGCACCAUGCUCCUGCAGGGCAAGCCCAAGACAGGACUUUUGGAAAUGCGCAUCCAGCAAAUUCAAGAUGAACUGGCGGAAAAGCAAAUCAAGCCGGAGCAGCGGGAUCGGCUGCGCCAACGCCUCUCCGCCCUCACAAAGGGCGUGGCAGUGCUGCACAUUGGUGGGGGCAGUGAAGUGGAGGUGAAUGAGAAAAAGGACCGUGUGGUGGACGCUUUGAAUGCCACUCGAGCGGCCAUCGAAGAGGGAAUUGUCCCAGGUGGCGGUACGGCCUUCUUGCGCUGCAUUCCCUACCUCCAGGAACUCAAAAUGGAGAGUGAAGAUCUCCAGAAGGGCGUCGAAAUCGUCUGCAAUGCCCUGAGAAUGCCUUGCCAGACCAUCGCCCAAAACGCCGGAGUGGAUGGCCCAAUGGUAGUGGCCAAGGUGUUGAAUGGCUCGGGAGACUACGGCUACGAUGCCAUGAGCGAUGAAUACUGUCAACUGGUCGAGAAGGGCAUUAUUGAUCCCACGAAGGUGCUGCGAACCGCCAUCACGGAUGCAGCUGGAGUGGCCUCUCUUCUGAGCACCACCGAGGUGGUUAUCACUGACUCCCGCAACGAUGAUCUUUUGUCCAAGUUGGCAGGAGCUGGCGGCGGAAUGGAUGAUGGACUGGACAUGAACAUGGGUGGCUUAGAGGAGCUGGCAGCCUUAAGUGGAUUGGGUGGCAUGGGAGGAAUGGGUGGUAUGGGAAGCAUGGGAGGGAUGGGAGGUAUGGGAGGAAUGGGAGGUGGAUUCGGCGGAAUGGGCGCUGGUGGCGGUAUGAGCGCUUCUGCCAGCAAUGAAGGUCCCACUGCCGAGGAGAUGAAUGAAAUGGUCAAGGCUAUUCCCGGCAUGGAGCAAGUAGAGGUGCGUGACAUUGACAGUGGGAUGAUGUAGAACCCGCUUCCGGUAUCUGAUCCGCCCCAGCUCAAAUUGUUUCGAUAAUUCAAAUAUCUAUUGAGUGUCUAAAUUUUAUGUGUUCAUCUGAAAUAUAAAUUGGCAAUCGAACUAAAAUUCUUGGUAAAAUAAGUAGGGAACCCUUCCAAAAUGACUGGAGAAAGUGAAUUAAUGGCCUUUUCCCUACGCCAGCAGAUUUCUUACCAAAUAUCUUUCAACCGGUUCAUUAUGCUGGUCUGCAAAAAAGGCUACACUUCCUUCACACUUUCGGUUUUUAAUUGCAGCCGAAAAUUUGGAAUUGCGACCAGCAGAGCGAAUCCAGCUGCAAUGCGAUGAUCAUUUGCAUAAAACAAACAGCAAUUUCUCACACAUGUGCGCCGACCCUCUGUUUUUUACCCCGUACCUUGCAUGGGUUGUGUUUGCAGAUUUCAUUUGUGGCCCGCAGCUAAAAAAGCGAUUCGUUACAUGAGAGUGAGUGCGCGAGAAGGGGGCCUGCGGCUGGGAGCCUCCACAAGAGCGUCACAUCAAACAUGCAUCAAUAAAUAAAUAAUUCCAAUUUGCAAAUUUUUCAUCGAGGCCCGCAAACGAACCGAAAAUGGUGGACGGACCCAUGGAGCAGCGAGCGUGGGCCAGGGAAAAGCCACAGCCUCUCGGACCUCGCGAAUCGGUCCUAGUCAGGUGGCUCGGUCUGGUCGUUUCGCGUCGAAAAGGAAAUUGUUCAUCUGGCAAACAUAUUGGGCACCAUCGCCAAGGCACAGCAACAACUCCAUUCGGCAAGUCGGAAAACUCUGAGCCAAAACCAAAAACCAAAAACAGACGAAAGGCAAAUAAAAGGCUAUCGCUAUCGCUCUUGGCCAAUCUGCAUGUGCAGACAAGA